ACCGACAGCUAUUGGAUUGUCUACCUUGCUCAGCUGGCUCAGGCCCUGCUGGUCAACAUGGCUGCUGGGAAGGGGGCUCUGCAGGGCCCUUCGGCUGAAAACAGAUGGCGGCUUAGUGAACCCGAGCAGGGCCGGGGCCGCAAGCCUGUGCUGCUGGAGAAAACGAACCGCCUGGGCCCCCAGGUUGCCAUGGGCAGUGGUGGCCGGGAUGAGGCCUGUGCCGAGAUGGCGCUGUCAGCAACCCCGGGCAAGCUCCGCCUGGGAAAGCCAAUGCCGCGAAAGGCGUGCUGGGCACAGGGGCAGAGCGCCUUCACCGAGGUGCCUCGGCCUGGGAGGAGGCUGGGGGAUGGGCAGGCCCACGAAGGGGAGCACAGUGGUCCUGCAGGCCGGCCCGGUCCCCAGGAGCUGACCGAGGAUGUCCCCAGGGACCCAGUAGGUGGCUCGGUCUCCUUGGUGUGGCCCGUUGGAGCCCGAGGGGAGCAGAGAAGCGCCUUCAGCAAACCAGCCAGGUGUCCAGCAGGGAGGCCUGGGCCAACCUCUGUCCUCCAGGGAGGGGGACCUGCAGAUGCGCUGGGGGAGCUCUUGGGUCUCAUCAACACGGUAGAUGCCUCUGGUUGGGGCCAACUUUCAAAUUCUAAGCUUUUAGUGGCCGAUUUCUGGAACCUGCAGAUGUCGCCCCAAAACGCGUCUCUCUGCAGCCCUUUGGUGGGUGCCCCCAUGCUGUGGCUCAAGCAGCCCACGGCCCAGACACCCACGCCCUCGGUGGCCUCCUCCACCGCCUCCUGGGCCCUCCUGCCCUCCACAUUCACCUCCCUGGGCCUGUCCACCCAGAACUGGUGCGCAAAGUGCAACCUCUCCUUUCGCCUGACCUCUGACCUGGUCUUCCACAUGCGGUCCCACCACAAGAAGGAGCGUGCGGCGCCUGACCUACAGUCUAAGAAGCUGAGAGAGGAGGCCCUCACUUGCCCCAUUUGCCACGAGUACUUCCGGGAGCGCCACCACCUCGCCCGGCACAUGACCUCUCACAGUUAG